UACUAUAGCCCACUAUCGGCUCCUGUUAUCUCAGUGACAGUAACAAUGCACUUCUCAUUUAUCAUACUUGCUGGUGUCUUGGGUGUUGCCUCUGCUACUAUUGUCCAAGACUGUGGAUCUACAGCAGAACUUAAAGAAGUUUCCAUCUCUAACUGUGGCACCCCACCAUGCGUCCUUAAGCGAGGUGAAGAUAUUAUAGUCGAUAUCAACUUUGAUAAUAAUGUAGCCACUGAGACACUAACAACUAAAGUGACAGGAACUAUUGGUGGAAUUGAAAUUCCAUGGUUAGGUGUUGUGUCUGAUGCCUGUACAAGCCUUAUAGAGGGUGACUGCCCUUUGGAGGCUGGUGAGGAGGUUAAAUAUUCAGCAAAGGCCCCAGUCCUUAAUGAAUACCCAGCUGUAAUAGUGAUCGUCACCUGGAAGUUGAAGGAUCACGAUGGUAAAACUACUGUCUGCUUCGUAGUGCCAGCACAGAUUGUGUAACACUAUAUUAUUUACUGUAACACAAUAAUUAUUAAAAUUUAAUUAUAACAAUAGUCACUAAAAUGGAAUCCAAAUAAAUAAGCUAGACAAUAAAGUAUAUACCUCAAAUAGCUAUUUUGAUAUACUGGACUACUUCCACCAGAAAAAAAUACAGGCAUGCCACAAUAUAAUUUUGGGUUUUCUUGAACUGUAUUGUACGUUGGAAUGUAUUUACCCAUAAAGUCCCAUUAUAAAGCCAAAGAUGUGUUCCUAUGAAAAUAUUUAUGAUAAAAAACUACUGAAAUAACACUGCAAUACAGCUAAGAUGUUUUCAAGUAUGAGUACAGUAUAGAGCAGUGGUUCCCAAACACAGGGUCGCAACCCCAUUUAUGCAUUAUAGGAGGUCGCAUAGAGGUCGAUGGGGUCGCCUGGUCUUGCAGCGGUCAUAUGUGACUUUUUUUUUUAAAUCCAGGUGUCAAGGACUGAAGGAGAAGGCCGACAGGUGCUGUUUCGUUAAGUCGGGACCAUAAAUUAUGGUCAAGGGAUUAACGCAGUUACUCUCCUUGCCCUGUGACAUGUUUCACAACAGAAGUUCCACACUCCUAAAUACUGUAUACCUUUUAACUGUUCUCAGUUCAGUUUACUCCCACUGAUGCACACAGAAAAUGGCAGCAAAUUUCAAUGAGUUGCUUACGGAGUAUUUUGCACUCGUGACGUCAGAAUUACAAGCUGACGAGGUAAGGGUGAAUUUUGACGUCUAUGAUGACAUAGCAAAGUUUGGGAUUACUUUAUCAGAGACGUUCAGCUGUCAAAAAUCGAGCUAUCAAUGUUCUGGUAUAAAAAAAUAUUACCAUAACUGUAUACAGUAUCAACAAACUUCUACAGUACUUAGAAAAUUGUAUGCUAUGUUACUUAACCUCAUAUACCAUCAGGCAUAGAAAAUUAAUCAAAUGAUGACAUACACAUGUCAUAUGAAGUAUGACAUAGUUGUAGCGUAUGUUGUUUAACCACAUAAUUAUGCUCCCAGUUAACAGAAAAUUUAUUAAAUUAUAAUGCACACGUUAAAUAUGAAAUAUGAGUUAUAAUAAAGAAAACUGCAUGUUAUGUUGCUUAACCUUGUAAUUAUACACUCAGGUAUAGAACACUAAAUGAUGCUAUAAUUAUGACAGAGUUGUAACCUGUUUCUUCCUGAGUUUACUUUUACACUUCUCAAUUAUGUACAGAAAUAUAUAUUCUUUAUUUGUUUUUAGUUAUACAAAUGUAAAAAUAUGUCCGUAUUUAUUCUACAAAUCUUUAUAUUUAAUGCAAUGAAUCGGAGUCACACUGGAAAAUGCUUGGGAACCCCUGGUAUAAAGAAUAGUAAUAAGACAGGAAACUAAAAGCAAAUAAUUUACUUACCAGAAAUUGUGGUGAUGUUGUGUGAGGUGAUGCAAUAUUUGCAGCUUCCCCACUCACCUGGAAGUUGUGUGGUCCAUGUCAUUUCUUGAACCUCUCAAACCAGCCCCUGCCUGCAAUAAAGUUUCUUCCUGCAAGUGUUCAUUCUUCAUAUCUGCUGACAUUGAUCUUGCUUCCUCAUGAAUUUUAGGGUUGUUGAGUGAAACACUAAGCUUCUUGUGAUCUUCAAUUUAGACACUCAGCAUGAUGUACUCUAUGUUUUUCAUAAAAUCACUUCUAUGCCUUGAUUACUUCAUUACACCUAAGAGGUAAAACAUCUUAAUCUUGCCUUCAUUUUUUCUGUUUUGUUUUGAAAGUAGCCACUGUGGUCCAAAAGCUUAUGAGAGUUUGCCAAUUUU